ACGGACACGCACGCUUCGCUAACGUAAGCGGCCUUUGCUAACUUACGCAGACACGAUUCCACUAUCUUCCUUCCUCAUCUCACUCACUAACUAACUAACUUACGCUGAUUCUGAACAACAAUGGCGGAACAUAGGUGGAUAAUACUGUUGCUGUUAAUGUCUCUGUUGUUGCUUGCAGAAAUGCAGGUUUCUCCUCCUGCAAUGGCAGCUUCAGCAGGUUGCCCGUUGAAUAUCAGUGGCUCUAAUUUUACUCAUGCUGCCACCAUUUGUUCCCACACGGAAUCAAGAGCAAGUUGUUGUCGUUACAUCAACGCCCUUAUCGCAGUUUCAAUUGCUCGUUAUGCAAACACGAGUAACAACCUAGGAGUUCCUCCAGAACUAUCCGAUAUCUGUCUCCAAGCCAUAUCCCAAACGUUGGAAACACAUGGAAUGACAAAAAAUGCUACGGCUUUUUGUGGAUUCGGGACGAGAAUUCAUGUCAAUUACGAGUGCCUCGGAAUAAAAACAGUCGAUAAGAUGCACCAAUCUCCAAAAUUUUCUAAUGUCACGUUGCAUUGUAGAGCACCGUUAGGUGAGGGACGUUGUAAAAAGUGUUUAAACGCUGGAAUUUUGUUUUUGAGGAAUUUAGUCGGAGCUGCGGAUAAUAUCACGUUAAGUACUUGUAGAGAUGCAACGUUUGUUGCUAUUGCUAGCCAAGUUGACGAUGUAGCGGCUGUUGAGACCGCUGACUGUUUUUUCGGAGUUCAAGGACUCAGUAGCACUUCAGGAUCCUCCACACCUAUAUCUUCUUCACCUGGGUUAUCUCCAAGUUCGUUUGGUGCCGCGGGCCCAAGUCAACUCUCUUUGACCGCACCGGAAAUUAGACACCGUUCCUACCAUCUGUCACUGGUUCCUGCUGUUGGCAUUGCAGUUACAGUGCUAGCCGCUAUCAUGCUGGUAUUAAUGGUUUUCCUUAUUCGCAGAAAAAGUAAAGAACUCGAAGGACAUGACAUGACGAUUGAUAAAACCUCAACGGAAACAAAAUCGCAGCCAACAAAAAAGUUUCAAGACGUUUAUGCAGGUCCAUCAUCUAUGUUUACAAAGUUCAGUUAUAAAGAGACGAAAAAAGCAACCGACAAUUUUAAUACGGUUAUUGGACAAGGAGGAUUUGGGACUGUAUACAAAGCUCAACUGAAUGAUGGUUCAAUGGUAGCAGUAAAACGUAUGGAUAAAGUUUCAGAACAGGCUGCAGAAGAAUUUUGCAGAGAAAUUGAGCUUCUUGCUAGACUUCAUCAUCGCCAUCUUGUUGCCUUAAAGGGAUUUUGCAUUGAAAAACAUGAAAGGUUUCUCAUGUACGAAUAUAUGGCAAACGGGAGCUUAAAGGAUCAUCUUCACACUCCGGGUGUGCCUCGGCUGAGUUGGCCAACAAGAAUUCAAAUUGCAGUUGACGUGGCAAACGCAUUGGAAUACCUCCACUUCUACUGUGAUCCGCCUCUGUGCCAUAGAGACAUCAAGUCCAGUAAUAUAUUACUUGAUGAGAAUCUCGUAGGAAAGGUUGCAGACUUUGGGCUUGCAUACGCAUCUAAAGAUGGUUCCGUCUGUUUUGAACCAGUUAAUACAGAGAUCAGAGGAACUCCAGGUUACAUGGACCCAGAAUACGUCGUGACACAAGAACUAACAGAAAAAAGUGACAUCUACAGUUACGGGGUUGUACUACUAGAACUAAUAACCUCUAAACGAGCCAUACACGACAACAAAAACUUAGUCGAGUCAUGUCAAACCCUAAUGACAUCAGAAUCGCAAAUCAUCGAGCUAGUGGACCCCACUAUUGGCAACUCCUUUGACUUUGACCAACUUCAUACACUAAUCACACUAGUGAAAUGGUGUACCCAGAGAGAAGGGCGGGCCCGGCCUUCGAUCAAACAGGUGUUGAGACUUUUAUACGAGUGCGCGGACCCCAUGCAUAGUGGCUUCGUUGAAACUUUAUAUGAUGUGAAAGGGAGAACAAGUAAAGGUAGAUCGCGUAGGACUUUGAACCAAAGUUGGGAUGCAAGGGGUUUAGCAUCUUCUUCUAGUACCUCGCGGUCUUAUUGUAGUAGAAGUUUUCUACUCGAGCCCGGAUCGCCUCAGUCUCCUUCAAAUAUACCAUCUAUUUAAGGUGCUUUGGUUUGGUGGUUGUACACUACAACCAUGAAUCAACAUUGAUUGUUUUUGAAUUUGGGGUGAUUUAGAUGUUCAUGUGUUAUUCAAUGUAGAUUUUGUUGUGGUUUAGGUUCUUAAGGUAGUAAUUUUAGUAUCAGACAUUGCAGUUGUUUACCAUUUCUCACAGUUUUUUCAUUUGUCUCAA